AUGGCUGGAAAGCGCAAGGCAAAGCAACUAGUCGUCCCUGAUAUCGCAGAAGACGCGGCGGAGAGAAAGCGUGUGUUGAAUAUCCUGGCGCAACGACGCUAUCGACAACGGAGAAAGGAACGUCUGCAGGCGCUGGAGUCUCAGGCUAAGAGUCCCGCGAGUCUGGAACCCCCGCGCAGUUUGGGAUGCAGCUCGUCCAGAUCGGGAUCGCAACCUUCUCAAGAAUCAGACAUUUCACCAACCGGUGACAGUAAUGGGUCUCAUUCUCACCUGAAGCCCGGUCCCAUUCUAUCCUCCGCGCCUCAGAUAGAUCCACUCGUGAAUCCCUCUACAGACGACCCUUUCUUGUUGUCUUCAUUCGCUUGGCCGGAUCUUGACCUCGGCCUCGACCUCGACAUUUCAAUUCCCAACCUUGAACCUGAGAAUAUAGACGUACCAGUACCAGAUCUGUCCUCUGCGCUGCAAACCAGCGAGUCAUCCACCUUCUCCUUCCCGGACGAUUAUCUCCUGGACGUCCCCUCCCUGACCCUCCUCAACGCAGCCACUAAAGUCGCCCAACGUCUCAACAUGGUCGAUUUAAUCUGGGACCUCACCGCAAUCAGCCCAUUCUAUCAACCCGGACACACUGAUUCUCCGUCUAUGUCCCCACCCUCGCUGACUUCUGCUACAUCUUCUCAACUCUCGGUAGAGCCCAGCGAGAAUGAGAACGAGAAUAACAACGAAAACAAGAAUGAGAAUAAGAAUAACCUACCACCCCAUCUCCACCCAACCCCCACCCAACGCCUCAUCCCGCACCAUCCUCUGCUAGACCUCCUCCCCUGGCCCGCCACAAGAGAUAAAUUCAUCCAGGUCUUCCAUCUCCCCGUGCAUCUGCGGCCGAAAAGUGCACAGGAUCCAAUGAGUCUCGUCAGAUUGGUCUAUGAUAUGGAAGACGGUGGAGGCGAAGGCAUGAUCAUGCAAGGAACGGAUCCGUUCGAGAUGCAGGGUUGGGAAAUCGGUCAGGUCAUGUUUGAACGGUGGUGGUGGGCGUUUGAUGUCGAUGUUGUGGAACGGAGUAAUCGGGCGAGGUCGAGGAGGGGGAAGAGAGGUUUGGUAUUGGACUUUGGCUCUGAUUCUUAG